GCUCGUUUUUCACAUAUUCUGCUCCCGCACUGAACGCCUCCUGACGUUGAUUGACAGGCAAAGGGUGGGCGGGUUUUCGUGUUGCUCAACAUGGCUGCGCCCUGCUCGGAUCAACAGGUCUAAAGGUGUUCAUGAUGUCCAGUCAGCAGGUAAGUAUCAGUGAGCUCCUGCUCUCAUUGGACAGUUCAGAGCUGCAGGAGGUGGAGCAAGUCAGAGCAACAGUCAAUCAGCAGCUGAGUACUGACAGAGGAGGUGCUGUUCUCUCCUCUCUGGUGGAGCAUUACCUGGACUCGUCCUCCUCUCAGGUGGUGCUCCUACUCUCCUCCAUCAGAGAGCCUCAUCACAAGCCCCUGUUGGAGAAGCUGAAUGAGUCUCUGAACAGACCUGGAUCCAGAUUGGCUGGUCUGACCCUGCUGGGGGACCUGAUCAGGAAACAGCCUCCCUGGGUUCAUCAUAUCAGCCGCUCGGCUCUGCUGCUCUCCCUGCUGCGCUGCCUCAAGACAGAGACCGACGUGGUGGUCCUGAUCACCGGAGUCCUGGUCCUCAUCACCCUAUUACCCAUGAUCCCUCAGGCCGGGAAACAACACAUCUACGACUUCUUUGACGUGUUCGGACGCCUCGCCUCCUGGAGCUACAAGAACCCUGGUCAUGUACCUGUGGUCCACCUGGUCCACCUCCAUGCAGGUGUGUACUCUCUGUUCCACCGUCUGUAUGGGAUGUUCCCCUGUAACUUCAUCUCCUACCUGAGGCUGCACUACAGCAUGAAGGAGAACCUGGACACCUUCCAGGAAGUCGUCAAGCCGAUGUUGGAACAUGUCAGGGUUCACCCAGAGCUGGUCACAGGGACCCAGGACUAUGAACUGGACCCGUCCAGGUGGAGGUGUUAUGAAGUCCAUGACAUUGUGAUAGAGUGCUCCAGAGUGUCUCUGGAUCCUCUGGAGUCUUCCUGUGAGGAGGACAUUUACUCCUCCCUCAGAGACCCUCCUCCCUCCCCCUCCCCCCUUAACCUCACCUCCAGUCCUUACAACACAGAGACUGUCAGCAGCUCAGGAAGUACAGUUUGUCCUCUACUGCUGUCUGGACCUCCCACUCUUCCUCAGCUGACACUCAACAACUCCUACAUACAGGCUGAUGAUGUCACAUGGAGUCCCUCCUCACAGUGUGGUUUGUCGACACCCCCUGCUGAAACUGCUGCUACAGGCACCGCCCACCCACUGAGCAGGACCGCCUCCAUCUCAGGUGUAAAAUGUCCCUCAUCAGUCAUCGUCCCAGUGACACCGCUGACUAAAGAGAACCAAAAUGGUCUGAUUCCUGAGAAAAACCAGGUGAAGCUGGUCACAGAGCUACAGGGGUCAUCCGUUCAGCCAAUCACAGAGAAGGAGGGAAGAGGCCAGAGCGAUGUCAUCAAUAACAUCUGUGAAGACACCAGAUCCCAGCAGCCUUCCUCCUCCUCCUCAUCCUCCUCCUCCUCUUCUCAUCCUGUCCUCCUCACCUCCACCCCCGGUCGUGAUGAGCCGUCGUCAGGUUCAGCCCUCUCCUCUUCUCCAUGCUCCAUCUCACUCUGCUUCACCCCCCCUCACCCAUCCACCACCACACACAGAUCAGAGGAGGGAGGCUCCACCCUGUUUGGCUUCUCGGGUCAGAGCUCCGCCCUUUCGUAUGAACCCCUGUUUGAGCUCGCUCUUCCCCGAGCCGCCACGCUGUUCAUCGGGAGGAUGACACAGGAGGCGCUGGAGAGAGCAGCGGGGGGGCAGGAGGGGAAGGAAGGAGGAGGACGAGGACAAAGGGAGGACAGAGAGGAGGAGCAGACCUCCGUCUCUCCUCUAAAGGUUUUGGAUCAGCUGAUCGUCCACGGACACGAUGCCCAUGAACACCUCAGCAGGAGGUUGUCAGCAGCGAAUAACUCGGUGGAUCGGAGUCAUUUUGGAGGUAAACAGCACAGCAUGAAAACCAAAGGCCCCGCCCAGGGGGAGGAGCUUCAGUCUCUGAGAAGUCAGCUGUUAUUGGUCCACAGUCAGCUGCAGUAUGAACGAUUCAAACGGCAGCAGCACGCCAUCAGAAACCGCCGUCUGCUGCGAAGAGUUAUUAACGCCACCUCGCUGGAGGAGCACAGCGUUGCCAUGAAGGGUCAGCUGAGCGUUCAGGAUGAAGAGAUUCGCUCGCUGAAGUCUAGUCUGCAGGAAGAACAGAGGCAAUACACACAACUGCAGCAGGACACCCACACACACACCGCCCAGCUGCACACACACAUCCAACAGCUGCUGCUGCAACAACAAGACGAGCAGAGAGACAAGCAGAGGUUGAAGAGCGAGCUUCAGGAGUGCCAGAGCAGGCUGAGGGAUCUGGAGGUGGAGCUUCAAAAAGCCAAUAACAAGGCUUACAAUGCAGAACACCAGCUGACUCAGCUGUCACUCAAGUUGUGCAGCAGUGAGCAGCUGCAGCAGCAGAUCUUCCUGUUGAACCAGCAGCUCAUCCUGCUGAGAGAAACUAACCGAGCUCUGAGUCAUCAGCUGGAUGGAGGAGAGACACACCACCGCACUGAGGCGUUCAUGCUGCAGUGCAGUGUGGGUAAAGAGCACCAGCGGCUAAAGGACAGCGACGUCCAGCAGAGACAGAAGCUGGAAGCAGCCAAUUACAGGAUAGCAGAGCUGGAGAACCAGCUGGCCAAGAAAGAGCAGCUGAUUCUGGAUCAGAAGAAACUUCUGGAGGACACAAAGGCCCAGAGCAGAGCCGAGCUGUCGGCCUGUGAGAAUCGCUGUGUCGCUCUGAGGAGAGUCACCCAGACGCUUCAGACGGAGACUCUUCACCUGUACAGCCAGAUCCACCUGGACACACACAACGACACACACACACACAGCUGGCCUCAGGACAUCAGGCCAAACGGCGGCAGCGUCGCCCUACCAGCUCCUCAGGGCAGCCACAAGACCCACCCCUCCACUUCUUCUACUUGUGUUAGUAUAAUAAACGGAGGUGUGGAGACCCUCUCCACCUCCCCAUUGCACCUCCCCUCUUGCUCCUCCUCCCCCCUUUCCCACUCCCCUAUCGAAUCUCCUCUGGCCGUUGGCUCCUUCCUGGAGCAGCAUGCACGGCAGCUGUUCAGACCGGCCAGUCACAGCCAGGAGGAGGAUGAGCAACAGGAGGGGGAAGAAGAGGAGAAGGAGGAGGAAGAGGAGGAUGAAGAGGCCCAGCCAGAGAGCCCUCCUCUGGGUCAGGAGGCAGAGGAGGCCGCUGUCCUCGCAGGGAGACAUCAGACAGAGCCCCCCCCGAGCAGGGCUUCAGCUCACAGCCUGCCUUCCCCUGGACCUCCAGCACCCCCUGCAGACCUGACGCCCGCUGUGCGACAGAGGAUUCACGAACUGAGCAUCAUGGACUACGAUGAGACACUGCCAGAGGACUGACUGAGGGCUGGAGAGAUGGAUGGAAGGAGGGAGGUUGAGUCAGAUGGAGGUGGAGAUUAGAUCAGCUGCUCCAGGUGUUAGCAGUCCACAAUCACUAUCUGAUCUUUCCCACAUCAGGACCUUCAGUCACCCUUAAUAUGAAAAAUAAUAAACUACACUAAUAUACAGCAGCACUUAUCUAAAAAACUGUGGACAGAAUAUGUUUGAAAAAAUAAAUAAAAGGCAGAAAAAGUUUAGCUCUAUUAUACUUCUAGAAGCUUGAGCUAACUGCUAACAUGCUAGGCUUGAUGCUUUAUUUGAGAGAUCCAAUAGCAGUUUGUACUCCAGCAGAGCAGGUUUGUAUCAAAUAAUUCUACACAACUAAGAGUCCUUCCUCCAUUUUGAACACAGCAAGCUUUCAAGAGUGAUAAUCAACAACUGUGGCAAGUUGUGCUCAAGGUAGCUUAUAAGCUAGCUAAACGUUUCUUAAACUGUUUUAGUUCAUUCCUAUUGCUAGUGCCAAAAAAAGAAACAAAGUGGACUUGUUAAUGAUAUGUUUGCUGUUUCAAUGGUUAAUAAUGAACUUUAUUUGCUAACAUUUGAUUUAUGGAUCUACAGAACGCAUUAAAUUCAACCGAUAACAUGAAGGUGAAAACUCUUCCUUCUAAAAAAAAAAAAAAAAAAAACAAUUGUGAUUUUCACACUGAAUGUGUUGUUUGCAACAUGAUCUUUAACGACACAAGAUAUGAGCUACAUUACAGCUUUAACAUUAACAAAGCUAACAUUAGCUUGUUAGCUAACAAACAAGAAGCAUUAGGAAUGAAAGGAAUAAUAUUUUACCACCGAAAAUACACUUCACAUAUAAAUAAAUUAUGAAUUAACAUUUUCUCAUGAUCUAUUUGCUCUGCUUUGCUGCGACUGAAGGUCCUGAGUCUCCACAAUGAGUUCGAUAGUUGGGUUUAUGUCUGGAGGGACUUGUAGUCGCCAAUAGGAAACAAAAAAUAAGGGAAGAAAAACAGAAUUCUGUGUUUUAGUGUUGAAUGAAUUUACAAGGAAGCUAACAGCAGCUAUGUUUAUCAUGCAAUGUCAGCUGUGACAUGAAACUGCCACACUGUCGCCCAAAAAUGACGCAUGCUACAGCAGCAUCAAAACACUAAAUUAUAAUCUGACUUUUGGUUUAAUCGAUUAAUGAGUAACCCUACUGUUGUGAUUAUUCCCACUAUUUUAUUUGCCCACUAACUGCAGCCGAACGAGCUGUACAUCAACACAAUAGAGUUCUGCAGGUUGAGUCCUAUAACCCUGAAAUUAGUUAACUGCAUGUUUGCACUCUGGUUCCCUCAUCUCGAAGUCUAUGGGUUUUUGUGAAUGUUUUUUUUUGUUUAUUUUCUCCAAUUAGCCAACAGCCAAUGGAAAAAUCGCAUGGCUUUUUGUACAGGGAACCAGGGUGAUGCUAACUUCAUUGUUGGCCAAAACAAAUACUGCAGCACUCUAUAUCUGACAUAUUAGCCUCUUCUAAAGUAUUUGUGGCUGACAUGUUAGCAAACCGCUGCCCACUUAAGACACAAAUUAACAUGAUCAACCCACAUUAACAAUGGGGAUGAUUAGUUGUUGGGUUCCUCAGGGUUCAGUUUUUGGUCCUUAAUAUUUUCAAUUUACAUGCUGAUAUGCCAAUUUAUUUGUCUGUCAACCGUCAGCAAUUUAUGGAUCUUAAAUCUGAAAUUCAACCAUUCAGAUCCCACAAAUCUUUUUUAUAUACUUAGAAUUCUUUUUCAAAUGAUUGGUAAAGACACAGAGUUUGGUGUGAUCAUAGAAAAGCCUUAAUAAUCCAGUAAAACAUUUUUCUCCUGUCUCCAGUCUGGGGUGACACGUCAGGGCGACAGCUGCAGUAAUCAGCCUUAAUCUUGUUAUGAUUGAAUAAUUAGCGGGUAAACUGUCAUAAAUAUUCCUUAAUUUUGGGAAGAAUAUCUCCUCAGGUUAACAGCUCAGGAUGCCAGCCUCAGAUGUCUACUACAGAGACAGCUCCAGGACAGGUUUAGUCUAGCUUAGCAGAAUAACAUUUUGGGAAAUACUGUUAAACUGCUGCUUCCAGUCUUUAUGCCAAGCUAGGCUAACUGUGUCCUGACUUCAGCUAUUUUCUUACAGAGAUAUGAUAUUGAUAUAUAUUUAAACACUUCACUCUGAUAAAGAAAGAAAGAGAAUAAACUAUUAUUAUAUAUUAUUAUUAUUAUUAUUAUUAUUAUUAUUAUAACUAUUUAAAAAAAUGCUAAACUGUACCUUUAAACCAAAAACUGAGGAGGAUCAGUUUCAGUUCAGGAUGUAAACUUCAGUUUACAUACAGACCAAAGACUUCCUCUUGUCCUCUGUAGGACUCAAUCCAGCUGAUUAAACCUGAAUUGAUCAGAGUCUGUAAUGAUCUCAUUUGGGUGAUUUCUUCUCUUUCUUAGCAACUCAACAUGGCAAUUGUCCCCAGCAGUGUUGCUCUCUUUACUUCAGAGAUCUGCUGUCAGGAACCAGCUAUGCUUAUGUGUUUUGAGACAAAUGUUAAACUGUGAACACUAGAAAUAAAGACUUCUAAAAUCUG